UUUUAUUAACACCCUUGCUGCUACAGUACUAAUUUAUCUUCACAGUGCAACUAAACUCCUUAGUAUUAUUUUCAUAUUAUUGUCUUCUGUUGUUAUGUUAUGGUAUAUUCUUGAAUUGCCUUUGUAAUCAGUUAUUCGAUUGUUUUCAUUGAUACAUAAAGGUACUUUCUACUUUUAAACUACUGUAAUAAUAUUAUUUGAACUUUAAAUGAAGAGAGGGCUGUUAAUAACUGGGAUAUAUUGAAGCACAAAUAUUUGCAAAGGAUAACAGGUCUUCGCAGGAAUUAUUUGAUUUUUAUUCUAAUAGAGUAAUAUACCAUUGUUCCCACAAUUAAAUUUUGUGUUUCAAUUGUCUUUGUGCAGAAACCUGACCAUAGUUUAUAUCAGUCCAUUAGAAAAAAAUAUACUGAAGAAGUGUACCUUGCAAAGGCUCUCUAUCUCUAUAUAGCAUUCUGGUAUCCGACAUUUGUAUUUUUAUUUUUAUUGUUGAACUUCCCAUCAAAUGCUGGUCUUUUAGGCUCUAACUGAUCUAUGUAAGUGAGGUUGUGAAGGUUAUGGGAAAGUCAAAGGUUUAACUGUAGAUACAUCCUAUUUCUUUCUUUACUUUUUUAUGCACUUUAUAAACUUGUCAGUCUUCCUUUUUUAAAUUUUACAUCCAAAAGUGAUCCAUUCAAAAAUAAUAUAUGCGAACUAGGAUAGAGCUUAAUGUCUUAUUUCCUAAUGUGCAUAUGCAAUCAUGCUAACAGUUAGUACUUGGUCAUGUGACUAAAUAGGGAAUGGGAUAGAAACCGAAAUGAUGCUUUAUCUACGACGUUUAUCUUAGGUUUCAGAAACCAAUCACUCAUCAUUUCACAUGGCAUACUACUUUUAACUUCUGUGAAAAAUAUCCAUAAUUUAAAGCUGAUACAUAGUCGCAAAAAACUAAGAGUUUGUCAAAAAAUUAUUUGCCUUUUCACUUCUCUCAUUUACCUUUUGUUUUCUUGCAUACGGUAGUUCAAAGUAUGCCAUUAAGUCCAUUAUUAUAGCAGAUGUAUCAGCAUCUAAGUUUUGAAUGGGAGCUCCGAGUUUCCACUCAUCCUAUUGUGGUUAACUGGUUAGUUGCAAUCUCUCAUGUGCAUCCAGAAGACAAAUAUAUCGUAGAUGUCGAUAAAAGUAUCGAUAUUACAGAGCUCACGCCAUCCACAAGAGUUGCUCUUCGAAACGCAGCUAUAUGCUUCAUUUUAUCCUGCCUAGCAAAGUUGAUCCGUUGGUUAAUCUUAUGAAGGUUGAGAAGGUUCUUGAUUCUACAUAUGAUAAGAUUAGUGGUCUUGAUCAGCAAAUUAAAGAGAUCAAAGAGCUUGUCUGCAGUGAGCUGAGUAGCUGACUAAGAUGUCGGGAAAUCCGGUUGGUGUUGAUAACACUUCUAGGAGGAAAUUUGACAAGGAAGAGUACUUGGAGCGAGCUCGACAGAGGGAGCGGCAGGAGAAGGAGGAAGCCUGGAAAGGCAAGGAAAGGGGCCCUCCUGUGCAAAGACAACCUUUGAAGCACAGAGACUAUGAAGUUGAUCUUGAGUCUCGUCUUGGCAAGACUCAGGUAGUGACCCCAAUUGCACCAUUGAGUCAGCAGGCCGGAUACUACUGUUCUGUAUGUGAAUGUGUUGUUAAAGAUUCGGCCAACUAUUUGGAUCAUAUAAAUGGCAAGAAGCAUCAGAGAGCAUUGGGCAUGUCUAUGCGUGUUGAAAGGGCAUCACUUGAACAGGUUCAAAAAAGGUUUGAGUCACUUAAGAAGAGGAAGGACCCCAGCACCUUUAGUGAACAAGACUUGGAUGAGAGAAUAUUAAAACAACAGCAAGAGGAGGAAGAGAGGAAGCGGCAACGCAAAGAAAAGAAGAAAGAGAAGAAAAAAGAACAGGCCACUCAGCAUGAACCUGAGGACAUCGACCCUGACGUUGCUGCCAUGAUGGGUUUUGGAGGGUUCGGUUCCUCGAAGAAGUGAACGCUAUCAGUUGGCAUCUCUUUGGUGACCUGUGGCCACUGAAGAUAUGGUUCAAGAUCGUAUGCACCUGUGUGCAAUGAAGAUGAUCAUCGUGAAAGAUCCAUGAUAAGAAUCGUAUGGCGUUGGUGCAAAGUCAACACUAGACUCCAAACUUAAAAAUACGUAUAUGCCUGAGGGUGUUUGCUCAAGGAUGUUUGUCGUAGAAACAGUUCAUAGUCAAAUGGAGCAUCCGAGACUGAUUUGUAACUUUUUUCGUAAGUGAUGAUUUGUUGUGGCGCCGUGGAUGUGCGGAGUAACGAAAGAAUUAUGCGUUCAACAGCCAUUUUGAGAAGAAUAAAUUGCACUAUAGCUGAUUAAACUU